AUGAAUGGAAGUAAGGUCAUUGCAGUGGGGGAUUUCAAUGCCAUUUUAGACAUUGAUGAAAAGAUGGGUGGCCUCCGGAAGCCCACCAAAGUGAUGGAAGAUUUUCGGGAUUUUAUAGCGAAUUGUAAAUUGGUGGAUAUUCAUCCAAAAAAUGGUAGAUUCACUUGGACAAACAGGAGACUGAACUUUGCUAAUAUAUCAAAAAGGUUGGAUUGGUUUUUGGUUGGGGAGUGGUGGAUCAAUGGAGACUAUUCCUUGGAAACUGAGAUUGUGCCUCAAAUUGGAUCAGACCAUUUACCUUUAUCCCUAUCUAUUGCACAAGAGGUGCGUAGUCAAAAGAAGAAUUAUUUUAAGUUCCAAAGCAUGUGGUGGAGAGAUGAAACAUUCCUGAAAAACUUAAAAAUUUGGUGGCUGGAAGGUAACAUACACUCUGGCUCCCCCAGUUUUAAGUUUAUCAAGAGAUUACAACAUUUAAAAAAUCAGAUUAAGGAGUGGAAUAAGAACACAUUUAAAAACAUUUUUGCGAAGAAAGGUAGAAUUGAGGAAAAAUUGGAAGAAAUUGGCAAAAAUGUUAUGCAAUUUGGCAUGACAAAUGAAGAGUAUGAAAUGGAGAAGGGCCUAAAAAAGCAGUAA